AUGGUGAAGCCAGAGAGUAAGAAAGCUACAGAAGGCAAAAAGCAUAAGCCUGAAUGCCUUCCAGCAGGAAAAUACUGUCUUAUCAGUUGCGAUAUGGAUACAACUAGACGGAGGUUAACAGAUGAAAUAUUUCAUAUAGCAGCGUACAAUUUAAAUAGACAAUUUUCCCAAUACAUCAUGCCAUAUGCAAAUUUAAACCCAAGUGUUAAACGAAGACAUAAUAUUCGUGUUACAUCUGAUGACCGUUUUAGAGUUUUGAGAAGCAAUAUAAACAAUAAGGUUAUAAGAACGAAGUCAGAAAUAUUUGGGUUAUUAGAUUUUUUGAAUUGGUUAGAAGAAGUCAACUCAGAGUCAGAUGGAGCAGCUCUCCAACGUUACGAUUUACUUGGAAAGUUUAAUGAAAUUGUUAAGGGUUUUGCAAAUGGACAUGAAUUAGCCGAAAAGAAAUGUUCAACUACCAUGAAGUCUUUUAACCUUAAAGUUUUAUCUAGAGUUUUACUAGAUCAAAAAGAACAAUUCGAUAAUGCUUCAAAUAGAGCAAAAAUUAUUUGGGAAAUAGCUCAACAUCUUGGUCAAGGUAAACAAAAGGACUUAGCAGCUGGUAUUGAAGAUCCAAAUCGUGUAAUAUUAGACAACAUGGUAGAAGUAGUUCGCCUGUAUUCUUAUCCUACUUCUGUAGAAUUAGGUGAACUGAAAGAACUGCGCAAAGUAGCUGAAAGAAGCAGUUCAUUUCAGCCAAUAUUUAGUGCAGCGGGCAAAAUGAAUUAUCGGGAUAUUCAGCACAUAAAUGCUUUAAGAUCAGUAUUGGCUGAAGGCAAAUCUGAUUAUAAUACCAUGAAAAGUACAUAUGAAACAGAUGGAAAACAAGGCCUAAUAAAGGAAUUGACCAAUUUGAAAAUUACAAGAAAAGAUCAACAACAUGAUUUAUUAGAGAUAUUGGACUCCCAUUUUGAUCCAAAACGUACUGCCACUUUCCCCAAUACAAAAACGCAAAAAAAAAACUGA